AUCCACGGACGCCCCCCCCAACCCCCUGGCAGAGGGGCGGUGGCCGCGCAGGCUCCCGCAGACGGACUCACGGACAGACAGGGGACGGAGGGACGGGCGGACGGCCAGGCCAUGCCCGGGGAGGCUGCCCGCGCCGAGCUGCUGCUGCCCGAGGCAGGCGGGCCGGGGCCCCGCACAGAUCUGUCCUGUGAUGCGGCUGCAGCUACCACCCCGAAAGGGGACCGGCUGGAGCACUGUGCCCUGAGCCCUGGCCCCAGCACCCUGGCCCUCACGUUCCUGCCCAGCAAGCCGGGUACCCGGCCCCCGCCCGAGGGAGCCAGCUGGGAUGCAGGGCCGGGCCGCGCCCCCUCGGCCUGGGCAGUGCAGACAGAGGGCGGCCCCAGCCCAGGGAGCCCCGAGGUUCGGCCCGCCGAAGGUCCUCUCCCAGCCUCCCUGGAGCCCCGGAUCGUGAUGGGCGAGGAGACGUGCCGCCGGGCACCCCCACUGCCCAGGGCAGCCCUGCCAGAGCUCAGGGACUGGGAGGGUGGGCACGCCAGCCCCCACCCACCCCCCGAGUUGCGUUCUCAGGGUGACCCUCCUGUGCCUUUCCCUGCCCCAGACUCUGACUCCUUCUUCACGCCUCCCUCCACCCCCACCGAGACAGCCUGCCCCCUGCUCCCCGGCCCCGGGCCCCGCAGGGACGCCGGGGAUGCCCAGGCCGAGCUGGGGGACUCGCCCCCAGCCUCCCCCUCAGGCUCCUAUGUCACAGCAGAUGGGGACAGCUGGGCCUCCUCUCCAUCCUGCUCCCUGAGCCUGCAGGCCCCGGCCGAAGGGCUGGAUGUGCCCUCAGGCUGGGGCUUCUCCCCAGCCGGGUCUGUGGCAGAUGAGAGGGAGCUGCCCCCGGCGCAGACCUCGGACACCCCCUCCCCAGAGUCCAGCCUCUCGGGGGACAGCAGCUCUUCCUGGGACCAGGAGGGCCACUUCUUCGACCUGGACUUCCUGGCCAACGACCCCAUGAUCCCUGCUUCCCUCCUGCCCUUCCAGGGCAGCCUCAUCUUCCAGGUGGAGGCGGUAGAGGUGACACCGCUGCCCCCCGAGGAGGAGGGGGUGCAGGAGGAGCAGGAGCAGGACGAGGAGCAGGAGGCCCCCGUCCCCAGGGGGGACCUGGCCGGGGAGGGUGAGGACGACAGCACGUUCGCCUCCUCCCUGCACUCGCUGUCUGACCUCUCCAUCACCGAGGGCAUGGACGAGGCCUUCGCCUUCCGGGAUGACACCUCGGCCGCCUCCUCUGAGCCCGACUCGGCCUCCUACGCGGGGGCUGACGAUGAGAGGCUGUACAGUGGGGAGCCGCAUGCACAGCCCACCACUCUGCUCCAGGACAGCCCCGCUGACGCCGCCUUCUGGGGCCCAGAGCCUGCUCUUGGAGCGGCCCCCAGAGAGGCUGGCACUGCUGCCAAGAGCCAGGAACCAGGCUCUGAGAUACCCGAGGUGGGUCCCACGUCAGGCCAGGCAUCCGCGGCUGGCGUGGGCCCUCACAUCCCACAGGAAGCCCCAGGCCUCACUGGGGUGACCCCUCAGGCCCAGGUAGAAGAGGCAGGCUCCACCAUGGGACCAGCACCUGUUGCCAUGGUUGCACUCGGGCCCCUGAAGGAGGGAGACAGCCCUGCCUUGGGCACAGAGCCACGGACUUCGAAGGGAGAGGAGGGCCUCGCCUCCCUGCAAAACCGGAAGGAAGAAACAGGCCAGGGGUCUGCGGCUGCAGCCAGCCCCGAGCUCCAGCCGGAAGAGGAUCCGGCCAUAUCCUCACCCUUGCAGGAUACAGGCCUCCCCUUGGUUCAGGGGUCUGCCACCGAGGCCAGCCCUGAGCCCCAACCAGAAGAAAGGGACCUGGUGGCACCUUUGCCCCUGCAGGAUGCGGGUCUCCCCUCAGACCAAGAAUCUGCCACCGAGGCCAGCCCUGAGCCCCAACCAGAAGAAAGGGACCUGAUGGCACCUUUGCCCCUGCAGGAUGCGGGUCUCCCCUCAGACCAAGAAUCUGCCACCGAGGCCAGCCCUGAGCCCCAACCAGAAGAAAGGGACCUGAUGGCACUUUUGCCCCUGCAGGAUGCGGGUCUCCCCUCAGGCCAAGAAUCUGCCACCGAGGCCAGCCCUGAGCGCCAACCAGAAGUGGACCUGGUGGCACCUUUGCCCCUGCAGGAUGCGGGUCUCCCCUCAGACCAAGAAUCUGCCACCGAGGCCAGCCCUGAGCGCCAACCAGAAGUGGACCUGGUGGCACCUUUGCCCCUGCAGGAUGCAGACAUCCCUUUGGUCCAAGAAUCUGCCACCGAGGCCAGCCCUGAGCCCCAACCAGAAGAAAGGGACCUGAUGGCACCUUUGCCCCUGCAGGAUGCGGGUCUCCCCUCAGACCAAGAAUCUGCCACCGAGGCCAGCCCUGAGCCCCAACCAGAAGAAGUGGACCUGGUGGCACCUUUGCCCCUGCAGGAUGCGGGUCUCCCCUCAGACCAAGAAUCUGCCACCGAGGCCAGCCCUGAGCCCCAACCAGAAGAAAGGGACCUGGUGGCACCUUUGCCCCUGCAGGAUGCAGACAUCCCUUUGGUCCAAGGAUUUGCCUCCGAGACCAGUCCUGAGCCCCAGUUGGAAGAAGACCUGAUGGCAUCUCUGCCCCUGGAGGAUGCAGACCUCCCUCUGGUCCAGGGAUCUGACUCCGAGGCCAGCCCUGAGCCCCAACCAGGAGUGCACCUGAUGGCACCUUUGCCCCUGCAGGAUGCGGGUCUCCCCUCAGGCCAAGAAUCUGCCACCGAGGCCAGCCCUGAGCCCCAACCAGGAGAGCUGACUGCAGCCCCACCCCUGCAGGAUGCAGACUUUCCCUCAGGCCAGGGGUCUGCCUCUGAGACCAGCCCUGAACCCCAACCGGAAGAAGACCUGAUGGCAUCUCUGCCCCUGGAGGAUGCAAACCUCCCACUGGUCCAGGGAUCUGCCACCGAGGCCAGUCCUGAGCCACAGCCAGAAGUGCACCUGAUGGCACCUUUGCCCCUGCAGGAUGUGGUUCUCCCCUCGGGCCAGGAAUCUGCCACUGAGACCAGUCCUGAGCCCCAGCUAGAAGUGGACCUGAUAGCAUCUUUGCCCCUGCAGGAUACAGAACUCCCCUUGGUCCAAGCAUCUGCCUCAGAGGCCAGUGCUGAACCUCAUCCCAGAGAAGGAGACCUAACUGCAGCUCCACCCCUGCAGGAUGCAGGGCUCCCCUCAGACCAGGGGUCUGCCUCUGAGACCAGCCCUGGACCCCAGCCAGAAGAAAGGGACCUGAGUGCACUCCCACCCCUGCAGGAUGCGGUUCUCCCCCUGGUCCAGGCUUCUGCCUCUAAGGCCAGCCCUGAGCCUCAGCCAGAAGAAGUGGACCUGAUGGCAUCUUUGCCCCUGCAGGAUGCAGGCCUCCCCUUGGGCCAGGAAUCUGCCUCCAAAGCCACUCCUGAGCCCCAGCCAGAAGAAAGAGAGCCGACGGCAUCUUUGCCCCUGCAGGAUGCAGGCCUCGCCUUGGACCACGAAUCGUCCACUGAGGCUGGUCCUGAGCCCCAGCCAGAAGGAAGGGACCUGAGUGCACUCCCACCCCUGCAGGAUGCGGUUCUCCCCUCGGUCCAGGCAUCUGCCUCUAAGGCCAGCCCUGAGCCUCAGCCAGAAGUGGACCUGAUGGCAUCUUUGCCCCUGCAGGAUGCAGGCCUUGCCUUGGGCCAGGAAUCGGCCACUGAGGCUGGUCCUGAGCCCCAGCCAGAAGAAAGGGACCUGAGUGCACUCCCACCCCUGCAGGAUGCGGUUCUCCCCUCGGUCCAGGCAUCUGCCUCUAAGGCCAGCCCUGAGCCUCAGCCAGAAGAAGUGGACCUGAUGGCAUCUUUGCCCCUGCAGGAUGCAGGCCUCCCCUUGGGCCAGGAAUCUGCCUCCAAAGCCACUCCUGAGCCCCAGCCAGAAGAAAGAGAGCCGACGGCAUCUUUGCCCCUGCAGGAUGCAGGCCUCGCUUUGGGCCAGGAAUCGUCCACUGAGGCUGGUCCUGAGCCCCAGCCAGAAGAAAAGGACCUGAGUGCAGCCCCACCCCUGCAGGAUGCAGUUCUCCCCUCGGUCCAGGCAUCUGCCUCUAAGGCCAGCCCUGAGCCUCAGCCAGAAGUGGACCUGAUCGCAGCCCCAUCCCUGCAGGAUACAGGCCUCCCCUUGGGCCAGGAAUCUGCCUCCGAGGCCAGUCCUGAGCCCCAGCCAGAAGAAAGAGAGCUGACGGCAUCUUUGCCCCUGCAGGAUGCAGGUCUCCCCUUGGGCCAGGAAUCUGCCACUGAGGCCAGUCCAGAGCCUCAACCAGAAGAAAAGGACCUGAGUGCAGCCCCACCCCUGCAGGAUGCGGUUCUCCCCUCGGUCCAGGCAUCUGCCUCUAAGGCCAGCCCUGAGCCUCAGCCAGAAGUGGACCUGAUGGCAUCUUUGCCCCUGCAGGAUACAGGCCUCCCCUUGGGCCAGGAAUCUGCCUCCGAGGCCAGUCCUGAGCCCCGUCCUGAGCCCCAGCCAGAAGAAAGGGACCUGAUGGCAUCUUUGCCCCUGCAGGAUGCAGUUCUCCCCUUAGGCCAGGAAUCUGCCACUGAGGCCAGUCCUGAGCCCCAGUCGGAAGUAGCCCUGACCAUAUUCUCGACGCUGCAGGAUGCAGGUCUCCCCUCAGGCCAGGGAGCUGCCAAGGCCAGCCCUGAGCCUCAACCAGAAGAAGUGGACUUGACAGUAUUUCUGCCCCUGCAGGAUGCAGACCUCACCUCAGACCAAGAAUCUACCACCAAGGCCCUGCAGACAGAUGCGGGCUGCACCCCAGGGACCGGGCCCAUGGCCACUACCGCCCAGCGGAAACGAAGCAAGACCUCAGGACUGAGGCCAGAGCCUGAAGAGAAGGACCCAGACCACAGUGGAGGCGCAGACGCUCUGGCCUUGGAUCAGGCCCAUCCCAGUGGCUCGGAGCCGGCUGCAGAUGCUCGGACACCUUGGGCCUUGCAGGGAGAUGUGGGCCCCCCUGAGCCUACCACAGAGACCCCGGACCGCCCUGAGCCUACCACGGAGGCCCCAGAUCUUCCAGAACCUGACUCCAGUGGGGAGGAAACGGCCAGGGCACCUGAGCAGGGAGCCUGUCUUGACGGCCAUGUGCGCGGGGAUGAUGAAGCUGAGCCCAGCUUGUCCCCGAAGGAGGCCCUGGGGGCUGAGAAGCAGGGCGGCAAAGUCCUGGAGCCGGUGGCCCUCAGCCCAGAGGCGAGUCCUGCUGCCUGUCUGGAGGCUGGCCCGGUGCGGCCCCCAAGCCCCGUGGAGGAAGGAAGGGCCACCCUGGGGCCCAGGCUUCCCAGGGCUGCGGCCUCAGAGGCUGGGCUGGGUCCCGGCUCAGAGUCUCCAUCGAGGGCUGUGCCCAGGUUGGGAGGUGGCUGUCCCAAAGAUCCUGCCCCAACACUUCCACUGCCCUCAAGGCAGCCAGAGCCCAUGCUGGGCCGGGGCAGUGGAGGACAGGCCCGGGCAGCACUCAGAGUCCUCAGCCCCUCCCCGCCGCAGCCCCCGGAAAGCCGCGCCAGGCACCUGGCCAGUGCACCCCAAGACAGGACGCGGAGCCCUGAGCCACCUGCUCCCGGGGUCCCCAUGGAGUCAGCCCCCACCCCAUCCGGCCCCCCUGCCCCCUGCUCUUGCCAGGGCCCCCGGGAAGACUUAGGGGAGGGCCAGGAGCCCCUGGGCUCUCCCGGCCUCCCACCGCCACGGGCAAGAGCCCGGCGGGCAGCGGCUGCCUUCUCAGGGACUCCGAACCCCCCUGGGGCCGGGCAGGUGGGCCUCCCGCCCCAGCCCCUGCCCCUCAGCCCCAAGGCAGCCCCCAAGGGGGGCAACCAUGCCAAAGACCUGGCCUCGAGCAUCUCACCCCCCUGCCAAGUGCCUCUUGGCUCUGGGCCCCGGAGCCCAGCCGGCCCUCGAGGGCUCCCAGCCACCGAGCAGCAGGAUGAUCAGGACAGUGUGGAAGAAGACUCGCCACGGGCUCCGGGCUCCGGGCAGCACUCGGACAGCCACGGGGAGUCGUCGGCCGAGCUGGAGGAGCAGGACCUCUCAGGACCGCAGACCGCGCAGUGCCUGGCCCAGGCCCCGGCAGGCGGCGCGAGCGAGGAGACUGUGGCCAAAGCCAAGCAGAGUCGCAGUGAGAAGAAGGCCCGAAAGGCGAUGUCCAAGCUGGGCCUCCGGCAGAUCCAGGGCGUCACCAGGAUCACCAUCCAGAAGUCCAAGAACAUCCUCUUCGUCAUCGCCAAGCCCGACGUCUUCAAGAGCCCGGCCUCCGACACCUACGUGGUCUUCGGGGAGGCCAAGAUCGAGGACCUGUCGCAGCAGGUGCACAGAGCUGCUGCCGAGAAGUUCAAGGUGCCCUCCGAGCCCUCCCCGCUGGUCCCCGAGUCAGCACCUGGGCCGAGGGUGAGGCCAGAGUGCGAGGAGGAAGAGGAGGAGGAGGAGGAGGAGGUGGACGAGGCGGGGCUGGAGCUUCGGGACAUUGAGCUGGUGAUGGCACAGGCCAACGUGUCAAGGGCCAAGGCUGUGCGGGCCUUGAGAGACAACCAGAGCGACAUUGUCAACGCCAUCAUGGAGCUGACGAUGUAGCUGCUGACCCGCGACUCGGCGCCACCCCUGCCCCCAAGCCCUGCUGCUCAAUAAAUGGGUGUCCCUCA